CACGGGAGAAGGUACAGGCUCAGUCUGAUAGAGAAUUUGCCUGGUACCACCGUACCUCAGCCAGUACGGCUUUUCGGGUACGGAGUACGGUUUUUCAAUGGGCUCUUAUGGGAAGCACGGUUUUUGGGUACAGUCGUUCUGUACACCGUGAGGUACGGUCUGGCAGUACCUUUUUUCAUGAAAUAAACGGCUUUUUUGACAGUGAAUGGCAAGCAGGCUCCCGGGUCGAGUGUCAGCUCCAGGUGGAUUGUACUUGCAGGCAGGCGUCGGCCACGCCGACGAACUCCCGUUCCUGUUCCCGCUCACCGAGUACGUCCCCGCGCCACCUUCCGCGUCGGACCUAGCCUUCUCCCGCACCCUUCUCUACUUGUUCACCACGUUCGCGUCAACAGGGGCACCCACCAAGGACGACUCAUGGCCAAGAGUGAAGAACUUUGAGAACGAGACAGAGUUUGCAUUUCUCAGCGGCCCCGGCCCCGUGUCCGUACACAGGGGCUUCCAUAACGAUCGCAUGGCUCGCUGGGCCAAGUUCCGCAGCAGCGCUGCCCUUCCACGUGACACUGCAAAAAAUCCAUUGUAGGAUUGCAUCUUGGCUGCCACCAAAAUCUUUUACAUAUUGCAAUAGCCGUUGUUGAAAUGGUCGACACAGGAAGACAUGAUUACUACAAGAAAGAACCAUUCUUAACACUAAUUAUUUUCAAGUCAACGAAAAAAAAACACAUUGAACGAACGUAGAUCAGAUAAAACUCGUUUUGGUUUUAAAAUUACAUUUUCAAGAAUUUGGUUAUGCAUUUAAGCGCACAUGGGUUGGUUCGCCGAGACGUGGAAAUUUGAGGCACGGGAUUUCCAAGAUUUUAAUGUGCGGCUUUUCGGAUGAAACUUUGCAGGUUCAUUCAAGAUGGCUCUAGAAUGGUCCCCAAGAAAUAUUAUAGCUUAAUUCGUUCCAGUUUUGUUUUAAGUGGCUUAAAUGUUGAAAGUGUACUUUGGGUCGAUGUUUGUUACAACUGCCAACGUUUGUUACACGCGCGUCGACGUUCGAUACAUUCAGGUGAUUUGGAUGGAAUUUCAAAGUGGACAAGACUGACAUCUAUUUAUAGCAGGGAUCCUUAACUUACCUCAUAAGGGCACCAUAACGUUAUCAUAAGGUUUACGUGCCUCUAUGAAUUGGUUGUGUUUGUUUGUGACUAAGGUUUACUACAAAUGUGAUGCUAUAUUUGUGUUGUACCCCAUCGUGUGUCUAUGAAUUGGUUGUGGUUCCAAGUAAGGGUCACCAAGGUUGUACAACUCUUAAGAGUUAGUUAUUACCCUUAACUUCUAACAUCUUUUCAAAGGGGCAGGUUAUUUUUUUAUGUCUCGAAUUGGUGUGGAUAUACUUUUGCAAGUACUUUCAUAAGUCCGUACCCUUAUAAAGUAUAACAUUGUCUUAUGUUACGUUAUGAAAGCAGUGUUAGUUAAAUGUUAAGUGUCCCUGAUUUAUAGAAAUCGGUUCGUCUGAUCAGGACCAACAAAAAAUCCUAACGUAUGUAAUGGGCUUGAAUGCGAAAUAAACAAGUGUUUAAGCUUCAAGUAGAAGAACGCGCGACACGCAGCGUCUGCACAA